AUGAAAAGAAGAAGUAAUUUAUUGCGACGUUAUUUUUCCUCGUUAUCGCCUGAGCACAGUCAAUGGAUGAUACAGAAUCAAAACGAAUUUGCAACGUCGUUAACCUCCCCUCCGAAGAUGUAUUCAUACACCUCAGCUCAAAUGUUCUCGAUGCAUCAGCAUCCACACCUCCAACAGGCUAUAUACGCUCAACAGCAACAGCAACAGCAACAACAGCAACAGCAGCAACAACAGCAACAACAACAACAGCAGCAGCAGCAACAACAACAGCAACAAGACGCAACUAUGUUAUUUCAUCAGUAUAAUCAACAACUUCAAUUACAUUCCAUACAAAAUCAACAAAAUCAACAAUUAUAUCGUCCCGAUCCACUCGUACCACAAGCUGCACCCCAAGUGCCCACACCCGUUCAACAGCAACACUUACAACAACAAAUUCAACAGCAAAUGCAGCAACAAUUGCAACAACAAAUGCCACGCUCGAGUCCAAUCAGUAUGAUACCGAUUUCGUCACCCGAGAUCUGGCACAGCGGUAGUCCCUUACCACCGCCGACUCAAGAUGCUUUUCGUCCUAUAACUCAUACUGUUUCUCGCACAAUGCUCGAUGUUCUUCCGUUUCAAGCGAUAACAAAUAACACUCCGUCAUCGCCACCAAUCAAUACCUCAUUUGAAUCGCCCAAAACAAUACGUUUAUUUCAUACGAAACCAUCGACCGAAACUCGACAACGACGUCAACGACUUCAUAGUGGUUCAAGCUGUUAUGAAUCAGACUCACCUGAUAUUUCUAGUGAUGAUGAUGACGAAUAUCGAUGGCGUUUAGCAAGUUCAAACGUUGGACAUUCACUUCCGGCCAUAUCUAAGAAAAAGCGAUCUAGUUCGAUGGGUCGAACCGAUGGCAAAUCAAGCGAACAAGAACUCAAAGACAUUUAUCAAAAGUCACAUCACAACAAUGGUGCUUUUCCCUUAAUCAACACACUUUAUCAUCAUUCAACCAGCAAAAGCUCGAGCUCUUCCAGCAGUAGCAGCCAUCGUCCAAAGCUUCUUCAAUACAUCGAUGAUAACAUUAUCGGUAGAGAUAUAGCAUUUACUGGACCAUGGGGCUUACGUCGCAUGAUCUAUUGUGAUUAUACCGCGUCUGGUCGAGCAUUAGAAUUCAUCGAGAAUUAUCUCAAAGGUCAUAUUCUACCUCUGUAUGGAAAUACACAUAGUGAAAAUAGUUUAUGUGCUUUACAAUCAACGAAAUUUCGCGAAGAAGCACGAAAUAUAAUCAAAAAAUCGGUUAAUGCUAACGAUAGUGACGUUGUCAUAUUCACAGGCUCAGGCUCGACUGGUGCUAUUCAUACUCUCGUUGAUGCUCUCGAUCUUUCAGACGAAACCGCUCGAAAGAAUGUUGUAGUACUGGUCAGUGUCUUCGAACAUCAUAGCAAUCUCUUACCAUGGAAAGAGUUAGGUGUUGAAGUCGUUCGCGUCCCUACUACGCAAAACGGUAUACUCGAUAAAGCGUUUCUAAAAGAAAAAUUACAACACUAUUCGAAACUGAAAAAACGUAUUAUUUGUUCAUUAAAUGCUGCUAGUAACAUAACUGGAAUCUUUACUGAUGUCGAUAGUAUUUCUACACUUGUUCAUUCCUAUUCGGGAGUGAUCUUUUGGGAUUACGCCACAGCUGCACCCUAUGUCAAAAUCGAUAUGAAUCCAUCUUCGACUGCUUAUAAAGACGCGAUAUUUAUCUCCACGCACAAGUUUGUCGGUGGUCCAGGUUCGCCAGGUAUCCUGGUCGCAAAACGAAAUCUCUUCAGUAUGAAACCACCGAAGACGAGCGGAGGUGGGACAGUGAACUUCGUUACUCGUACAAUGUAUGAAUACAGUAAUAAUAUCGAAACUCGUGAAGAAGGUGGCACACCAGACAUAAUCGGCUGUAUUCGAGCUGGACUUGUCUUUCAAUUGAAAGAUUCUCUCGAUAUGAAUUAUGUUCAGACACGUGAAGAAGAAUUAGUCAAACGAUUUUUCCGUCGUUUUAAAAAAACCGACACAUUGAUUAUUCUUGGCUCUCAAACAGCAGCUCGUUUGCCAAUUUUUUCAUUCACAAUUUACAUUCCGGGUGUGUGCAAAUAUCUCCAUAGCAAUUUGGUCUGUCGUCUCUUCAAUGAUUUAUUCGGUAUACAAGUUCGAUCGGGCUGUGCUUGUGCUGGACCUUAUGCGCUAGAUUUACUCAAUGUCAAUGAUGCUAAAACAGAUAUUUAUUGUAUGUUUUUAACCGAAGGAAUCUGCAGUCGAGGGAAUGAAAAAGUUGCUCGAACUCUGUUGAUGAAACCUGGUUUCACUCGUCUUAACCUACCGUAUUUCGCUAGCGAUGAUGAAGUUGAUUUUAUUCUUGAUGCUGUCGAAUUUAUUGCUAAUCACGGAUGGAAAUUUUUGCCAUUGUACACAUACGAUCCAACAACAGGUGCAUGGGAACAUCGUAGUGGUUCACAUAUGGCCCAAUCCAGUCUUGGUAAUAUCACCUAUAAAGCUGGUCGAAUGCAAUAUUAUGCGAAACGAACUGAUGCUUCAUCUAUUCGCCCCGACAAGAAUCUUCCGGACCCAAUGCGUGAAGCUAAAUCAUUGUCUUUAGAAGCUGUUCGACAUGCCAUAGAAACUGUUGAUUACACGUCCGAUCCUCCAAUCAAUAUUCCCGACAAAUACAAGAAUUUGAUUUGGUUUGCAUUGCCCAUUGACAUUGCACUGAUGAUGAUCAAACAGAAUGAAACGGGACAAGAACCGCAUUGCGAUGCUAAUACACUUCCGUUUGUACCAGAGGAGGGCAAAUCGAAGGUUUAUGCGGCAUCGAAAUCAAAACAACUAUCCAAUCUACGCGAGACUGCAGUCAAUCGAAAGAAGCAGUUGCCUACCCUUUCAUCGUCAGCGUCUCGAACGUACUGA